UUAUACCUGCUCUUUAUUCCUCCCAGUUGCAGUGCGGGACCAGAGCAAGCUAAAGAGUUUCCAAACCUGCAACUACAAUUACAUGCAUUUCCUUUGGCUUUCUUUACAAUUCAGUAUUUAACAGUCAGUCAGUAAUAACGCCGGAGUAAACUGGACUAACAUAAACCAUUCUUUGGAUAACGCUUGAUAGCAUUGCGCACUUUUAAAGAACCGCUUGCACGCCGCUCGAGUGAUACCUGUACCAGCACGGUGUCAGCUGCUCAUCCGGGAUCCUGAAGCGACUGUCCGAAUGAUCCACUUGACCCAGUGAGUCCCAGAACGUCCUGACUGCUCUCCAGACCAAGGUUUCAGGAUGAAGCUGCUGUUCUUUUGUGCAAUGUUCAUGUUCAUCCUGGUGGUGAGCCUGGACGCCAGACCAGAAAAGCUGGAUCGCAAGUGUAAGACGGGCCCUCUGGACCUGGUCUUCAUCAUUGACAGCUCCAGGAGCGUGAGGCCCUUUGAGUUUGAGACGAUGAGGAAGUUCAUGAUCGAUAUCAUCCACUUUCUGGAUGUGGGCCCCAACGCCACGCAGGUUGGGGUGUUCCAGUACUCCAGCCAACUCCAAAGCAUCUUCUCACUCAAGAGCUUCAGCAAGAAAGCUGACAUGGUGAAAGCCAUCAACGAGAUCAUCCCACUAGCCCAGGGCACCAUGACUGGCCUUGCCAUCCAGUACGCCAUGAACGUGGCUUUCAGCGCACAGGAGGGCGCCCGCAGUAACAUACCCAAGGUGGCGGUGAUCGUGACGGAUGGCCGGCCGCAGGACCGCGUGGCUGAGGUGGCGGCUCAGGCACGGGAGAGAGGCAUCAAGAUCUACGCGGUGGGAGUGCAGAGGGUCGACAUGAACUCACUGAGGGCUAUGGCCUCCUCGCCCCUCGAGGAGCACGUCUUCCUGGUCGAGUCCUUUGAUCUCAUCCAGCAGUUUGGAAAGCAGUUCCAAGACAAGCUCUGUGGUCAGGAUCUGUGCAGUGAGAUGCAUCACGGCUGUGAGCAUGUCUGUGUCAGCACUCCUGGAUCAUAUCACUGUGAAUGUAACCCUGGAUAUAAACUCAACGAGGACGGCAAGUCAUGCUCAGCUAUUGACCUCUGCGCAGAAGCACAGCAUGACUGUGAACACAUUUGUGUGAGCUCCCCUGGUUCAUACUCCUGCCGCUGCAGAGCCGGUUACUACCUCAACCAGGACCAGAAGACAUGCACAAUGAUUGACUACUGUUCGUUUGGGAACCACAGCUGUCAGCACAAGUGUGUCAGUGUUCUAAGCAGCUAUUUCUGUCGCUGUAAUGAAGGAUACACACUUCAGGAUGAUGGGAAAACCUGCCAACCCAAUGACCUUUGCAACUCAGUGGACCAUGGCUGUGAGUUCAAGUGUGUCAGCAACCUUGGUUCCUACCACUGCGUCUGCCCAGAGGGACAGUCCCUGCAGGAAGAUGGCAAGACCUGCAGCACCUGCAGAUCCGCUAACAUCGAUUUAGUUCUCAUUAUCGACGGCUCCAAGAGCGUGCGGCCACAGAACUUCGAGCUGGUCAAGAAGUUUGUGAACCAGGUGGUGGACUCCCUGGACGUGUCGGCCAGCGGGACCCGGGUGGGGCUGGUGCAGUACUCGAGUCGUGUGCGUACAGAGUUCCCCCUCAGCCAGUACCAGAGCGCGGAGGACAUCAAGGCAGCCGUCCUGGGCGUGCAUUACAUGGAGAAGGGCACCAUGACGGGGCUGGCCCUGAAGCACAUGGUGGAGAACAGCUUCUCGGAGGCCGAAGGGGCUAGACCCCUCAUCAAGAACAUCCCCAGAGUGGGCCUGGUCUUCACCGACGGGCGUUCCCAGGACAACAUCUCUGAGUGGGCCAAACGGGCCAAAGAUGCAGGCAUCACCAUGUACGCUGUGGGGGUCGGGAAAGCGGUCGAGGCGGAGCUUCGGGAGAUCGCCUCCGAACCCGCAGACAAACAUUUCUACUACACAACGGACUUCACAGCCAUCAACCAGAUCGCAGAAAACCUGAAACUCAACAUCUGUGCAGAAGAGAGUCUCGGGGAAAUCGAGGUGAAAGACCCGUGUGCCUGUGAGAGCCUGUUGGAGUUCCAGGAAAGAACCAUGUCUGCUCUGGAGGAGCUCUCUCAAAGACUUGCUCAGAUGACAGCCAGACUGGAAGAAUUGGAAAACCAGCUUGUCUCGAAGAAAUGAAGAAUCAAUCCCUUGACAUUUGAGGGUACUCAAGUCGUAUAGCUGUGUGUGUUUGGGGCUUUAGGGGUUCUACCUGUAAAAUAAAUUUUCCUUGUAUAACAAAAAAAAAAAAAA